AUGGCCACGACAAUGCCGAGCAAGUCUGCUCAAAACGCUCAGAGUCCUAGAGCUCCUAGCAUGGUCUCACUCUCGUUGAACGAGCCGGACAAGAGUUCUACGGACCGCGAGGAGACUCCUGAUGAAACCCCCAACAACACUCCGCAACCCAACCUUCUAGGCCUACCACGCGAAGUGAGAGACCGCAUUUACCACUUUGCGCUCUACGAAGAGAAACCCAUCAAAGUCCAGAAGUAUGGCAAGGAACGCCCAACGCCGCCCCCGGUCUACAGAUGCCCCCUACCAUCAGAAUGGGGAUCGCCCUCUCAACUGCCGUUCGUCAACCACCAAAUCAGGACAGAGUGUCUUCCGAUCUUCUACAGCAUCAACACUUUUCAGUGCGUGACCUAUCCAGCUGCCGGCGAUCUCCUCCGGUAUCUGCACAGAGAGGACUAUCUCAAAGGAGUGACCAGCUUACGCCUGCUCGACAUCAACGGCAUGGAACGCUAUAACCAUGACUUCCGCAGCGACUAUCGCGCGAAUCACAAGAUGUGGUUGCGCAACGCGCAUAAGGUCUUGGAUGAAUUCUCGGACCAGGGGUUGAAGGACACUGCUUUCAAGAUGGCCAUACGUUUUGAAGCCAAUGACUCGACAAACGAGAAGUUGCAUGUCGUUAGCAGAUAUGUCAGUCUGGCGGAGCUGAGGGAUUUGGAGUUCGCGGGCCAUCAUAUUCUUGACCGGGUGGUACGCCUCAGGUCGAAGAAGGUUGAGGUGAAGGAGGCAGAGGCGAAAGACAGCGUUUGA